AUGGGGCACCGUGGACGCAUGCCGCACAACAACAUCAUGUCGAGCAGCGACACACUCAAGAUGACGGGCAUCUGGAAGAACACGAUCGGAUAUGACCCGUACGCGGCCGAUGGCGAAGGCCAGGACCCAGGCCAGUCCGCGUCCUCGAUCGAGCGCGCCAAGGGCUUCAUGGCGCUCGCCAAGCUCUCCAACAAGGCGAACGACACACGUGGCUCGUGCAAGAAGUGCGGCGCCAUGGGCCAUUUGACCUUUCAGUGCAUGAACUUUCUCGACCAAAGCGCCAACCAAAAGAAGCUGGCGGCCGAGAGCAGCAGCGACGACGACUCGUCCUCGUCGUCCGAGAGCGAAAGCGAGAGUGACCGCGGCCGCCGCCGACGUCGGCGCAGUGUGAGUGUGAGCCCAAGUCGCGCGUCGAAGCGGCGCAGUCGCAGCCCCAAGACUCGCAGUCGUAGCCGCAGCCCAAAAACGCGGAGCCGCAGCCGCAGCCCCAAGGGUCGAAGCCGCAGCCGUAGUCCGCGCGCGAAGCAGUCCAAAGAGUCGAAGAAGAAAUCGUCAAAGAAGAAAUCAUCGAAAAAAUCAUCCAAGCACAAGCGCCGCAAAGAAAAUCGAGCAAGAAGUCGUCUCGGUCGCACCGCGAUUAGACACUAACGUCCAACAUACUGUACUACUGCCUCC